AUGAAGAUUCCACCUCUUCCCCACGCCACUUUUCGGCGAUGUCUCCGAAACGAUCUCUCGAAUUUUGCGACGGCCAGAAAUGCUGAAGCUGCUCCUUUAGCUCAAUGCAAUCAGUGCAGAUUUUCUUCCAGAAGCCUGCGCACCAGUUCGUACAACGGACGGCAAUAUGCGUUACCGAGAAACAUCGACGGUGCCCCAAGCAUUGGGCGACGAGCUUUCGUAUUGCCUGCCGCGUUUGUUGCAGGACAGCGGAGAUCGUUAGCUACUGUACAAAACGUUAACAAGGACAACUAUGGACCGAUUCAAGAAUACAACGCGCGGGUCAAGGCCGGACGCUUAAGAGAUGAUGAGCACCAAAGAGGCAUUAUACAGAAUCUCCAGCAUCUUCAUGAUGAGCUGCAGCACUACUCCGCGCCUCCAAUCGUCCAUCCUACCCUCGAAUCUCUUAAACCAGAGCCCGUCUCCAUGUUCGGUCGAAUUUUUGGCAGUAAACCGAAACAGAGGAAACUGGCACCGAUACCUGAAAAUUUGCCUCGAGGCUUAUAUCUGUUUGGGGACGUGGGCAGUGGGAAGACGAUGCUCAUGGAUAUGUUCUACGAAACUCUGCCCAGCAGUGUCACUUCGAAAACCAGGAUACACUUUCACAACUUCAUGCAGGACGUCCACAAGCGGCUACACAAGAUGAAGUUGGAGCACGGCAACGACAUCGAUGCUAUACCAUUCAUUGCUGCUGAUAUUGCUCAGCAGGGAAAUGUUCUGUGCUUUGACGAGUUCCAGUGUACUGAUGUUGCCGAUGCUAUGAUUCUCAGACGGCUUUUAGAAGCUCUGAUGUCGCAUGGCGUAGUCUUAGUGACAACUUCGAAUCGACACCCAGAUGACCUAUACCGAAAUGGUAUACAACGUGAAUCUUUCAUUCCUUGUAUACACCUUCUCAAAAAUCGUCUGCACGUUAUCAAUCUCGACUCUCCUACAGAUUAUCGCAAAAUACCUCGUCCACCUUCUGGAGUAUAUCAUGCCCCUCUUGACAAGCAUGCCCCAACCCACGCAGAGAAGUGGUUUAGAUUCCUUGGCGAUCCUCAUCAAGAUAAACCUCGGUCUGAGACCCAGCAUGUAUGGGGUCGAGAAAUUCAUGUUCCUAAAGUCAGCGGACGAGCAGCAAUGUUUACGUUUGAUGAACUAAUAGGGCGCCCGACUAGCGCUGCUGACUACAUUGAACUAAUGCGUAGCUACGAUUCGUUCAUCGUGACAGACGUCCCAGGCAUGACUCACCAACAACGUGAUCUUGCGCGAAGAUUUAUCACCUUCAUCGACGCAGUCUAUGAAUCUCGAGCAAAGCUAGUUCUCACCAGUGCCGUGCCACUUACACAGCUCUUCUUGUCUAGACAAGAGAUCGAAGAUAGCAUGAAGAAAGAUUCCGAAGAUAAGAAAGGACAGGCGGAAGGAGAAGAUCUCGAUGAUGCCAUGCGAUUGAUGAUGGAUGAUCUCGGAAUGAACAUGACGAUGCUGAAGAACAGCUCCAUUUUUAGCGGUGACGAGGAACGAUUUGCAUUCGCAAGAGCAUUAUCUAGACUAAGUGAAAUGGGAUCGCAAGAAUGGGUCGAACGGGGCAUGGGAUUAGAAAACAAAGGCGGAAAAGCAGAAAAGGAUAACUGGCAAAAGGUAAGAAGUAAGCAGCUCGAAGACUCGAUGUAG